AUGGUCAAGGAGCGGGCUGAAUGGGAGAGGUAUCGUGAGUGCCUAGUGAACCAGGUUAAAGAUUAUGAGAAAGCUAAGGCUGCCUUCGUUGAAGAGAAGGCCAAGUUUGAAUCUGAUAGGAAAUCAGAAGAGUGGGGUCGUGAAGGCCUUUGGGGCAAACUUCGUGCUGCUGAGGAACUGCUGGCGAAAGAGAAGGCUGAAUGGAAGAAGAUAUGCGAGAAGGAUAAUCAGCGCAUGUAUGCGGCGCGCACGAAGAUCACUGAGUUUGAGGGUAAGGUUGCGGAGCUGACCGGGAAGGUCGAAGAUGCGCAGGCUACUAAGGAGAAUGCUGAGGUUGAACUGGCUGAGGUGAAGGCACAGUUAUCCGGUAAAGAGAAGGACUUGAAGACCAAGGACGUCGAGAUUGCAGAGUUGAAACGUCGCCUACGAGAGCAGGUUGACAAAAGUGAGUCCUUGGAGAUCGACCUUGAAGCGGAGAAGGGAAAAGCUGCUUCUGCUGAGGAAACAGACAAAAGGCCGAGGAGGCGCGCGAUGGCCAACUCCAUCCUAAAUGCUGGAGAACUAGAUGGAGUUGUUGCUGCUCUUAUAGAUGCUUCCCGCGCGGUUGGUCACCGUGGAGGUUUUCUGGAGUGUGCGCAGCAUGUCGAAGAAGUGUUUGGGCAAGAGUUUGACACUAGUCAUUGCUCAGUGACCAAUGAAGCUGAUGCCGAGUUGGCUCACGCUGAAAAUGCAUAUGAUCAUCUAUCACUGCCUGUGAUGGACUUGGUCGCAAAGGCUUUAGAGCAUGACGACUGGUGUCAACGUUUAAAAACCAUUCUCGACCCGCCAGAAACUGUUGAAUUAUCUGAUGAGGAGGAACCGGCGGGCAAUGAUGGUGAUGGUGAUGGUGGCAAACAUGAUGAUGAUGGUGACGACGACGAGCAUGACGAUGACGAUGAUGGUGAUGGUCAUGAGUGA